AUGUCCAUCUAUGCGAUGAACACCUGCGCCCUGCAGCUUGACGAUUAUCUCAUUUCACACGCUGCCCGCAUGGCCAUCACCCUGCGGUACCACAAGAACAUGGACCUCGAGCCAAAACAUCUGAGAGUAUUCUGGGUGAUCUACGCUCUUGAAAAGCAACAGACCAUGCAUGGCCGCGCGUGUUCCAUAAUCCCCGACGAAGACAUCAGCUGCGCCGUCCCGCCAUUCCCCGACGCCCAAUUUGGCGGGCCCAACUUCAACUGGUUCAUGGCCUACAUCCGAAUCGGCCGAAUCAGUUCCAUCGUGUGCACUUCGCUCUUCUCGACGAGCGCACAGCUCACCUCCCCUGAGCGCCGGCGGUGCUCCAUCGAAUCCAUCUGGGGCAUGUUGGAGGGGUGGCGUCAGUCGCUGCCGCUGGCAUUUAGACCGGGAGACGCCACUCAGUUUCCCUCUGGGGCUCCUUGGGUCGUUCGGUUGGCUGCGUUGCAGCUGCAUUAUAGUUACUACCACGUGGUGAUUGCGCUGGAUCGCCUCUCGCUGUACCUGAAUCGCGACGAUGCGGAGAAGGCCCGGGAGAGUAAGGCGCGGCUGAUGCGCACCGCGCGAACAAUCAUCGAAUUGACGCGGUUCAUCGAGAUCCAGCCUCAUGUGCCGAUUUUCAUCCUAGCCGUCCUCCCCGUCUCCGCAGUCUUUAUCCUCUUCGACCUCGUCAUCCAUAACCCACGCCACCCGGAAUCCCAAGCGAACUUGCUGUUCCUCGAAACGGCAGCGGGCUAUUUCAGCCUCGUGGAUAUCGCCUCGAACAACGCGCUUCCGGGGUCCCUCAUGGCGGAGUUUCCACAUAUCGCGCGGCAGUACUACUGGGAUGCUCAGAAGCCAGUGGAGGGAGUAGCCGGAGAGGGACUCGGGUCCGGUUCCGGUUUUGGUGCUGGUACUGAUCGCGGUCUUGGGAUUGGGAACGGGAACGGGAUCGGGGCUCGUGAGCAUGAUCAUGGCGAUGGCAAUCACAGUCCGCAUCUGGACCCUCAGUCCCAUUUUUCCAUGCCCCCGCCCCCUCCGCUAGGAACAGAAUCGACAACACAGUCUCACAACCUCGACCUCGCCCUCGACCUGGACCUUGAUUACCCAGUCCCAAUCGACUUUGAAUCCAUAUCAGACCUUCAAACUGUGGACUCGCUCGAUCUCCGGACGAUGUUUGGCUGGGCGUUUUCCGAGUACGAUGUCGUUGGAGAAGGGUUCGACCAGCCCGUGGAUGGCUGA